AACCCAUUAUUGAAGCAUAUCCUCGUUGAAGCGUUGUCCUCGUCGUUGCAGACAUCAACAGAUCCAUCACCAUGGAAACUUCAACCUACUCCUACAUCUUGCUCUUCAUCAUCUUUCUUUUCCUCAAGAGUUAUUUGCAGAAAAUUAAGAAAAGACUCCCACCAAGCCCUUCUCCUUCCCUUCCCAUCAUAGGUCAUCUCUACCUAUUUAAGAAACCUCUCCACAGAACACUCGCAAAACUAACCGACAAAUAUGGUCCAAUUUUAUACCUUCAAUUUGGAUCCCGCCCGGUUGUUGUUGUAUCCUCUCCUUCUGCAGUUGAGGAAUGUUUCACCAAAAACGAUGUCACUUUCGCAAACCGUCCAAAGCUGCUUGCCGGCAAGCACUUUGGAUGCAACUAUACUGCGAUUGUCUGGGCUUCCUAUGGCCCUCACUGGCGCAACUUGAGACGCAUAGCUUCCCUUGAGCUAUUGUCAUCCAGCCGCCUUCAGAUGUUUCAUGGCAUACGUGCAGAUGAAGUUAGGUCACUAAUUUGCAAGCUUUUUCGAGGGUAUAAUGGUGGUGAACUGCGGAGUUUAGAUAUGAAGUCAACGUUUUUCGAGCUUACUCUUAAUGUUUUGAUGAGGGUGAUUGCUGGGAAGAGAUACUAUGGUGAAGACAUCGCAGGGUCCAGCGAAGCUAAGAGUUUUGAACAAAUUGUGAAAGAGACUUUUCAAUUGAGUGGGGCUAACAAUAUUGGAGAUUUCUUGCCAGUUUUAAAGUACCUUGGAUCAGGUGGCCUUGAAAAAAAGAUGUUGAAAUUACAGGAGAAGAGGGAUAAGUUCAUGCAAUAUUUGAUUGAAGAACACAGAAAAGUGCAGAGUGGCUCUGUUUCUGAACAGAAGAGCCAGACCAUGGUGGAUGUCUUGUUGUCACUGCAAGCAACUGAACCUGAAUAUUAUACUGAUAAAAUCAUAAGAGGCAUCAUGCAAAACAUGUUAACAGCAGGAACAGACACCACGGCUGGAACCAUGGAAUGGGCUCUAUCACUAUUGCUCAACAACCCAGAAGCCCUUGCAAAGGCACAGACAGAAAUUGAUAACAAAAUUGGGCAAAGCAGGCUAAUUGAGGAAUCAGACCUAUCUAAUCUACCCUAUCUCCAUUGCAUCAUAAACGAGACCCUCAGAAUGUACCCAGCAGCCGCACUUCUUCCCCCACACGAGUCAUCAGAGGACUGCACCGUGGGAGGCUUCAAUGUUCCUCGUGGAACAAUGCUGUUGGUGAACGCAUGGGCCAUACAUCAUGAUCCUAAGUUGUGGGAAGAGCCUGAACAAUUUAAGCCAGAGAGGUUCCAAAAUGCACAAAAAGAAAGAGAUGUUUUCAUGUACUUGCCAUUUGGGACAGGAAGAAGAGGCUGUCCUGGGGAAGGGUUAGCCAACCGGAUGGUAGGGCUGGCCUUAGGGUCAGUCAUUCAGUGUUUUGAGUGGGAGAGAAGUGGUGAGGAGAUGGUGGACAUGACUGAAGGGACUGGCGUCUCAAUGCCUAAAGCUCACCCUUUGCUAGCAAAAUGCAGGCCACGCCCAACGAUGCUGGCCUUACUUUCUCAACUCUAACAAUCUAUAUCUCCUUGGUUUUCUGGGCCUCUUAUUUCCAGUCUAAAUAUACAUGUUGUUUUCAGAUGCUAUUAUAUCUGUUCAAGCUUGGUUUUGCAUUAUGUAUACGAGGCAUUUUAGAAUAUGUCUGGUUGACAUGUUAUCAUUA